AUGGAGCACAAUUCCGUUGAACCGAGUUAUCUCGUGCCAGUUUCUUUUACCGGUGAUUCGUUCGACGGAGAAAGUGAACAGUUGGACAAGGCCAUAGAAUGUACGAAAAUUACUGAGUUGGAAUGUCAUGACACGGAACUUGUUGACGAGUUACCAGACCAUAGUUGCCUUGCUGACAAUGAAAUACCAAGAGUCGGGAUGUGGUUUGAGCAUUUGAAGUUGGCCCAAGAUUUUUAUGCGACCUAUGCAAAAAAAGUUGGUUUCACAAGUAAGAUAAGGGCCAUAAAUUUUGACAGGAUGACAAAGCAACCGAUCAACCAAUCUAUCCAUUGUAAUCGGGAGGGUUUCCGGGCGUCUCGUGUGAAGGCACCCAUACGGAAGAACACAAUGGCAGGUGUGGGAUGCAGAGCAAGAAUAUAUGCAAAGUUCGAUAGGGAAAAGCAUGAUUGGGUCUUGUUGAAGGUUGAACUAAAUCACUCGCACCCGUGUUCAACUAGGAAGGCGGUGCACUACCAUGAAAACAGGGAGUUAACAAUGCAUGCGAAGUGUAUCAUUGAGGUUAAUGAUGAGGCGGGCAUUCGACCCAACAAGACCUUUCCAGCAUUAGCCAAUGAAGUUGGUGGGCCUUCGAACUUGGGCUUCUCAGAGAAGGACGUCAGGAAUUACAUUUCAUCAAGACUCCGAUCCACAAAUGUCAAUGCAGAUGUCAAGGAGAUGCUGAACUACUUCAUGCGAAUGAAGGAGUUGAAUCCGAACUACUUUUACGCAGUGAAUAUAAAUGAGGAUAACAAGUUUACGAGUGCAGUUUGGGUGGAUGCAAGGUGUUGGGCAUCUUAUGAAUACUAUGGAGAGGUGGUCUCAUUUGAUACCACAUACAGCACGAACCGGCAUGGAUUGCCGUUCGCUGCUUUCAUUGGUGUGAACCACCAUGGUAAGUCUACUUUGCUAGGCUGCGCUCUGCUAGGCAGUGAGGAGAUCCCGAGUUUUGAGUGGGUGUUCACACAAUGGCUGGAGUGCAUGGGAACGGCACCGAAGGGCAUCAUCACAGACCAAUGCAAGUCUAUGUUUGGUGCAAUUAAGAAGGUCCUACCCAGUACACGACACCGGUGGUGCAUAUGGCAUAUAACACAAAAGAUACACAACAAGCUUGGAGGUUAUUCUAGGUUCAAAGAGUUGAAUGCUGAGUUGAAACACAUUAUAUGGAACUCUAAGUUGGUUGAGGAUUUCGAGGAUCAUUGGGCUGAGUUCAUUGAUGAGUUCAACUUACAUCACAACAGAUGGCUAUCAAGUUUGUGUCUUUUUGGGAAAAUCAUGUGCCGGAAGUGCUUAGAUGUUGUUGUGUUCUUGUAUUCUGUUCUGGAAAAACGUUCUUAUGCAUGGUUUUAUUUUUUGUUCGUCCAUGAGUUUGACAAUGUCCUAGGAACAAAAGAGCAGAAGGAACUGGAGAACGAUGCUGCAGACUCGAGAGGUCUAAUCCCAUGUUCAACUAGAUCAGCCAUCGAGAGACGAUUUCAAAAAGAGUAUACCAACAAGAUGUUUAGGGAUGUCCAAACCGAGUUUGGUAAGAAGGCUGAUUGCACUAUUUGUGCCGUGGAUGAACAUGGCAACUCCGCUAGGGUAAAAGUGGAAGAGAAAAUACUAGUCUAUGAGACGACUCGAUAUGUUACGUUUGACGUCCAUUUUGGUCAUUCGACACACGAGGUUCGAUGUGAUUGCAACUUGUUCGAGAGUGCAGGUAUAUUAUGUUGCCACUGUCUUGUAGUACUUUCAUCUUACAAAGUUAAUGAGGUGCCUUCCUGCUAUGUUUUACCUCGUUGGAGCAAGAACAUAAAGCGCAAGCACACCUACAUUAAGAGUAGCCAUGACGUUAGACGUUCAAAUGAAAGCCAUAACAUAUUCAGAGAGUUGUGUGCACAUUUCUAUAAUGUUGCACAGGAAUUCACGGACUGUGAUGAUGAGGCAGACAUGCUGCAUAAUGUUCUGGAGGAUGCAAGGGCCAAGCUAGUAGAUUACCGUGGCAAGAUGCGAAUAACACUGUCGCUACUGCACACAAUAGCAUCAUCACAGGCCCUUCAACCGUUUUCGGCACAGAGGACAUUCAGGCCCCAUCAAAGGUAA